AGGGGCAGAGAGAGGGACUCGUGCYCUGUCCCGGUGCACAAUGGAUCUGAAGAGAUUCCUGAUCUUCGCUUCAUUUCUGCUUCACGCUGCCCUGGGCUUCCCUAUUCAGGAGAACUACGAAAACACCACAGCAACAACAGAACCUACAGAGGUCACUACACAAGAGGACAUAUAUGAAUCUCCUGAGCCUACAGAGGCUGAUGAUGAGGAUGAAGACAUUUUUAACAAAAUUCUGAAAGUCAACAAAGACAGCUCUCAGCUCCUGCAGGAAGGGGACAUAGUUCCACGAAGGAGUCGCAGUGCCAUCAACUGUCGCCACUGUAAYUGGCCCCCGUCCAGUGAUGGGAUUGUUCGCAUUCCCUAUGUAUUGGAUCCUACUUAUGAGGCRGGCCAUGUGAAAGGGAUUCAUGAUGCCAUGGCAGAAUUUGAAGCACUGACUUGUAUCAAUUUUGUGAAGCGCCAGACAGAGCGYGACUACAUCAGUAUUAGAUCUGCUGAUGGCUGCUGGUCCAACUAUGGGAAAGUAGGAGGUGGACAGACUGUCUCUGUGAUGAAAGGAGGCUGCAUGUGGAAAGGAGUAAUUCAGCACGAGCUGGAGCAUGCUCUGGGCUUUUUGCAUGAACACUCUCGAAGUGACAGAGAUAAACAUGUAAAGAUCAUGUGGGAGUACAUCAGUCCAGCUGACAGAUCAGACUUCAAGAAAUUUGAGCACUCCAAUAACCUGGGUCUUCCGUAUGACUAUUCCUCAGUGAUGCACUAUGGCCCAUACACAUUCUCCAAUACCACUGGGAAAGCAACUAUWGUACCAAUUCCUGAUGGAUCAGUCCAUAUUGGACAGAGGCAGGGGAUGAGCAACUUGGAUGUGGCCAAAAUCAACAAACUUUACAACUGCAGUCGUUGCAGCACAAUUCUUGAUGGACCUUCUGGAUCACUGAGAUCUGCCAACCACCCAAGGAAUUAUUCAGAUAACACCAACUGUGUCUGGCUCAUCCGAACCCGAUCCAGAAAGGUUGCCCUGCACUUUCAAGCCUUUGAGCUGCAGAACACCAGAGGCUGUCAGGGUGAUUAUGUUAAAGUUUAUGAUGGAUCCAGCAAGUCUUCUCCAGUUUUAAUGGACAAGACCUGUGGMUCAAAGAUACCCAAAUACAUAGUUUCAUCUAGUAAUCUUAUGCUGGUAGAGUUCAUCACAGAUGGUGCUGGUACAGCUUCRGGUUUCCAAGCCAACUUUACUGCUGUGAGGACCCAAAGAAGAUUUAGAAUCCGCAACUGACUAAAUGAAUAAGAACCUAUUCUGUGAAUAUUGAAAUUAUGUGUUUCCUACUUUGUUCCUAUCCUGGCUUGGAUCAGUAUGAAAUUUAAUUCUAUUAAGAAUCAAAGUUUCCAUCUUCCUGGAAAAGUUUACUCCCCAAGCCAUAAAAAUGUACAAAUUCUAUACAUUUCGUGUGCUCCWCCUUUUGUCUGCACA